AUACCAACACAUCGACCGCAUCCACGGUCUCUCGGUGCAGCUGUGGCGAGAAGCUGUGGACCGCUUUUAUGUAUUAUUAUUAUUUGGCGAGCUGUUGAUUACGGCCUGCAGUGGGCCGUGGGCUGUACCAUUAGUGAUAGCUGUACCAUUCCCCUGCCACCCGCCCCCUCCCCCCUCUUGCGCGAGGUCCAUUCGGUCGUGUCACCUUAGUGCGAGUGUUGUGUGAACGAAAAUGAGGUGUGGGAGGUAGUCGUUCCGCAGCGAACAACAACACAGCUGCGGUGCUAUACCAGCGGGGUGAAGUUUUUCGGUGGUGAAUCACCACCCCAUCCACCCAACAUCACCACCCUACCGUCAUCGCUAACAAGUGGCAACAAUAACAAAGUGAAACCAUUUUGCCUUUUUGCGCGCCCAUCCUGCUGCCCCCUCUGGGUCUGCUCACAAUCAACAACAGCUUGCAACAGAAAAAUCAACCCCCGCCCAGCAGCAACCAUGGAGAAGGUGGAGGAAAUCAAGUUCAAAGUGCUGGAGCUCAUCAACAAAAAGAAAGAGGUAAAAAUUCCAAAGAUGGGCUUCACGGACUACUACGUGCAGCAGCAGCAGGUAGCGCGGGUCGCGGCCACACCCGCCGGCCAGGGCGCUCACACGAAAGCGACCGCGCCCGGAUCGGCGGCCGCCGCCCCGCUGCCCGAGUACGACUGGGCGGACGAGAUCGUGGGCCGGGGCAGGGGGACCGGCGAACAGGCCGGGUCCGACAGCGAGCAGGCCGCCUCCGACCAGGAGGUGCUGGAGUCGACCGAGGCGAUCUACUUCGACGGCGGCAGCAACACCGGGCUGCACGAGCUGCGCAAGCUGUCCGAGUCGGGCCAGCUGCUCGACUGCGGCUCGAUCGAGCAGUCGAUGGGUGUGCUGCGCCGGCAGCACCGCGUCAUCUCGAAGAAGGUGCUGCAGCUCAUACUGGAGCAGCGGGCCGCCUGCGACGGGGAGUUCCAGCGCAUCCGCGACACGGAGCGGCUGCUGCGCGACACGGUCACGAUGUGCCGGGCGGCCCGCACCAAGCUCGACACCUCCAAGCUGCUGCUGACCACGACCAACCUGGAGAUACUGGCGGCGUACAAGAAGCGCCAGACGCUGGUCAACCUGCUGCGCACGCUGAACGCGCUGAAGAGCAUGCGGUCGAUCGACCAGCGGCUGCAGCGCCGGCUGACCGACGCGGACUACGGCGGUGCGAUCGCGAUCCUGCUCGAGAACAAGAACCUGUCCCAGCGGUUCCACCAGUACCGGUGCGUCGAGUCGCUGUCGCACAAGCUGCAGGACACGCUGCUGCUGACGGAGGUGCAGCUGGAGAGCGUGCUCGGCGAGAUGCCGUCCGAGUUCGAGCCGGCCCGGUACCAGAAGCUGCAGGAGGCGUACCAGCUGCUCGGCAAGCAGCUGAUCGCGAUGGACCAGCUGCACAUGAACUUCGUGUCGUCGGUGCACACGGCCGCGUUCACCGUACUGCGGCAGCACAUGGAGGUAAGCGUGGAGGAGAGCAAGAAGCUGACGUACGAGCAGAUGUGCGAGUGCGUCCCGAUGGACCGGUACGUGCACUGUCUGACCGAGCUGUGCCGCGCGUUCUGGAAGAUACUGGUGUCGUACCAUCAGAUCCGCUGCUGGCACCAGAACCGCUGCCUGUACGAGAAAGCACCCGGUGGCGCCGAGGCGGAGGCGGGGACCGGAACCGGCAGCGAUCGUUCGUCGGCCGCCUUCCAGCAGGAGUACAUCCGGCAGAAGCUCGAGAGCGGCCAGUUCCGGCUGUGGAACGACAUCCAGGCGAAGGUGUGCGUGUUCAUCGGGAGCGGCCGGCUGCACGCCCUCAAGUACGACCAGUUCGUGCAGGUGCUCGCGAUCGUGCAGCGGCUGAAGAAGGUGGGCGGCGAGUUUUGUGACAGCCGGUCGGAGAAGCUGCUCGGCGCGAUGCAGCGCCAGAGUAUGGAGUUUUUCCGCCGGUACCAUGCCGCCUGCCUUGAGGAGAUCGGGCUGUUCUUCGACCACGAGGUGUGGGUACCGAUCGGCAGCUUUCACGACGUCACGCAGCUGCAGGAGUAUCGCAACUUUCGGCACGCGCUUGCACGCACGGCGGCGGCAGCAGCGGCGGCGGCGGCGGCCGCAUCGGCAGUCUCUACCGGCAGCUCGUCGGUCGUGGCGCGGGCAAGCCCGGCCGGCACGGACCUACUGCCGGACAGUGCCUCCUCGCUGCACUCGCAGGACGAAAGCUCGCUGUACGGGUCGUGCGGGUACUUCCUGCGCUUUACCGAGAAAAGCUCCCCGUUUGACGGCGGGUUCGACAGCACGAUGCUGGAGGAGGACAUACUGGCGGGCAUUGCGGACGAGUCGUCCUACUACUGCUCGGAGGACAGCAGCGACAACAGCAACGAACAGCCGGCCGGUUCGCCGGGCUCGCCGCGCCACGGACCGGCCGCACCGGCGGCGACCCCGCAGCCCCCGCUCGUCGUCGUCAACACGUCGCUGACCGUGCUGCGGUGCAUCGGCCGCUACCUGUACUUCUGCAAGCUGCUGCACCCGAUCACGCCCCAGAUCGUGCGCUCGAUGGCGGAGCUGAUCGACUACUAUCUGUACUCGGUGCACGACCUGUUCUCGGCCGAUCUGCCCGUCCCGCGCGACAAUCUGGCGAGCGGGCGGCUGCGGGCCGCGUUGCACCGCAUCCAGACCGAGCUGCUGCCGAAGCUGCGCCGCGUCUGGCCGCUGUCGGACGAGAUGGUGCGGCCGGAUCUGGCCGACCCGGACACGCUGUACGGGCUGCAGAAGCGCAUCGUCGCCUCGGAGAGCUGCGUCACGCUGGUCGCCCAGUUCCGGCAGAUGGAGUCGUACCUGGGCGGGCUGCUCGGCGGCGGCGCUACGGACGCCGGCGAGGACGGCUGGACGCAGGGGGCGCUGCGCGACUAUCUCGCGCGCACCGGCGAGUACGUGCCGGACGUGCGCAAGCCCAUCUUCAUGUGCUCGACCGCGCGCGUCAUCGAUCUGCAGGCGGUGCUGAACGCGAUGGCCAAGGUGAAGUGGGACGUGAACCACGUGAACGUGCAGCACUCGCCGUACAUCGACACCAUCAAUCGGGGCAUACAGUACUUCGCGAUGAAGCUGGAAGAGCAAACCUCCACCGUGAUGCUGCCGCCGGACGUGCUUUGGGAUAGCUUUGUGCACGUCCUGACACAUCUGCUCGUCGAGGGCUUUUCGAACGCGAAAAAGUGCUCCGCCGGGGGCCGGGCGCUGAUGCAGCUCGACUUUACCCACUUCUGGUCGCUGCUCGAGAUCGUGUCCGGCGGCAAGCAUCCCGAGCACCGGGCGUACGUCGAGCAGUACGUGAAGGCGUACUACCUGCCGAAGGAUCUGCUCGAACAGUGGCUGCUGGAACCGCGCGGCUACUCGCCCAAACAUCUGGCCGGGCUGGUGCAGUGUGCGUGCAGCAGCGACAAGAAAACGCGCCAGCGGCUGCUUGCCCUGGUCGAGUCGGCCCCUAGUCCAGCCGCCGGCACGCCCGGUCCGGCCGCCAACCCGGCAACCGCGGCGCAGCAACCGGCGGGCGAUGGGGCGGCCUAAAAGGGGCUGAACGUGACCUGGGAAGUGGAAUAUGGAUCUGUUGGGCUUUUUCUCUAACUCUCUCUCUCUGUCUUUCUCUCUUGAAAUGUUUUUUGUUUGUUUAUUUGUUUUUGUUACGCUACCCUCCCUACCGUGCGUAGUUGUAGUGAAGAGUUAUUAUUGUUAAUUGUUUAUUUUAUACAUGUAAUUUUGUGGGUGUGUGUGUGGGUUUUUUGGUGUAGUAUUUUCUUUUUGUUCACUCACUUCUCUGCCACGGACUGAAAUCUCGAACAACAAAAAAAGUAUCAAUCAUAUUGUUUCUAGUCUUUUUGCUCCUCGUUGAUUUCUACCCUUGCAAUCUCUACCGUUCUCUCUUUCAUUUUCACUUUCUCUCUGUUUAUAUGCAUCCCUUUAAUAGUGGAAUAAGUUAUGCCCAUUGUUUAUUUAAGUUCGUACACUCAUUUUUAAACGAAUUGUUAUAAAUGCGCUCACCCCGAUUAGUAUCGCUGAGCAGCGUGGCUUCCGCCGCAAGUAUUCCGGUUCCGGCCAUGGAACGCUAAGCUAGUUAAAAAUUACGUACCGAGGCAACGAGGAGAGCGGAGAGGAGGGCAGAAGGGGCUGAUGCUUCAUCUUUCCCUUCCACUUCCUCCCUCCUGGAGUUUCCUAUGUUGCACCGAACGCACCCGAGAUCGAAUCUGAUUUACUUACCUUAAGCGAAAUACCUGACGAAAUAAGGCAACAGAAAAGACAUAGCAGCAGUAUUGGUUAGCGAAGGAAGUAUAGAUGUGUACCAAACGAGCAGGCCCAGCAUCAGCAAAUGCGUGUAUGGAUAAACGAACAAAAGAAGAAGAAGAAGAAGAAAGGAAAACACCUGCUUCUAGAGAUGUAGGAUACGUCCUGGGCGUGAUUGCGUGAUCGCCCGAUAGCAGCAUGUUAAUAAUUGUAUAUUAUUUAUAUCAAACUUGAGCUAAUAUAUUCCACAAAAUUAUGCA